GGAUGAGUCAGGGUUUGAGGCAUAAGGUAUAUAACCUCAGGAGCUCUAUGCUCCUCACAUUGCCAGCAUCUUCUCUCCUCACUCACCCUUCCUGGUGCUUUGGGCUCCCCUUCCUUCCUAGCCAAGAUGUCUUAUCAGAAAAAGCAGCCCACCCCCCAGCCCCCAGUGGGCUGCGUAAAGACCUCCGGCGGCGGAGGCGGCGGCGGUGGCGGCGGCGGCGGUGGCGGCUGCGGCUUCUUUAGCGGCGGCGGCUCCAGCGGGGGCAGCGGCGGUUCUGGCUGUGGCUACUCUGGCGGCGGCGGCUCCGGCUGCGGCGGGGGCUCCUCCGGUGGCGGCGGCGGCUUCGGAGGCUGCGGCGGGGGCUCCGGUGGGAGCGUCAAGUACUCCGGGGGCGGCGGCUCCUCUGGGGGCGGCUCCGGCUGCUUCUCCUCUGGCGGCGGCGGCGGCUCCGGCUGCGGCGGGGGCUCCUCCGGUGGCGGCGGCGGCUUCGGAGGCUGCGGCGGGGGCUCCGGUGGGAGCGUCAAGUACUCCGGGGGCGGUGGUUCCUCCGGGGGUGGCUCCGGCUGCUUCUCCUCCGGCGGCGGCGGCUCCUCCGGGGGCGGCUCCGGCUGCUUCUCCUCCGGCGGCAGCAGCGGCGGCUCCUCGGGCCAGGCGGUCCAGUGCCAGAGCUACGGAGGCGUCUCCAGCGGCGGCUCCUCCGGGGGCGGCUCCGGCUGCUUCUCCUCCGGCGGCGGCGGCUCCUCCGGGGGCGGCUCCGGCUGCUUCUCCUCCGGCGGCAGCAGCGGCGGCUCCUCGGGCCAGGCGGUCCAGUGCCAGAGCUACGGAGGCGUCUCCAGCGGCGGCUCCUCCGGGGGCGGCUCCGGCUGCUUCUCCAGCGGAGGCGGCGGCGGCGGCUCCAGCUGCGGCGGGGGAUCCUCUGGCGGCGGCGGCUCCGGCUACGUCUCCUCGCAGCAGGUCACCCAGACCUCGUGCGCGCCCCAGCAGAGCUACGGAGCGGGGUCGUCCGGCGGCGGCGGCGGCGGCGGCGGCGGCAGCUGCUUCUCCAGCGGCGGGGGCGGCGGGGGCUCUGGCUGCGGCGGCGGCUCCUCCGGGGGCUGCGUCAUCAGCGGCGGGGGCUCCGGCUGCGGAGGUGGCUCCUCCGGGGGCGGCGGCGGCUCCAUCUGUGGCGGUGGCUCCUCUGGGGGUGGCUCCUCUGGGGGUGGCUCCGGGAGUGGCAAGGGCGUCCCGGUCUGCCACCAGACCCAGCAAAAGCAGGCGCCUACCUGGCCAUGCAAAUAGGUCCCCCAGGGUGCCACAGAGGCGAAGGAGUUGGAGGUGUUCUCUGUGGGCGCCGAUGGGCUUAGGGCUCUCAUGAUAUUGUCAAAGGUUUGCAGAUUCUUCACGCCUUAACCUACCUGGAAGAAGCCUUUGAGCUCUUGUUCAAAACCGCGGCAUCUUGUUCUGAGUUUUGCCUCUUUGGUUUCUGCACAACUACCUCCCAACCCCAGUGCCUCGCUCAAUAAAUUUGCUUAAUCAUGAGAA